UGAAGCGAUGGGCCAGCAGGUGUCGCUGUCAGUCGGCGCUUCCGUAGUUCCAAGUGACUGGGAGACGUUUAUCCUUUAACGCCUUGGCCUGUGGCUCUAAUUCAGAUGUGCAGUGCGUGUGUCGUUGCUUGAAUUAAUUGGAAUAAGUCCAACACCUCGCUGCUACAGAAAAAUACUGAUCGUCCCGUACGAGCGGUUGCUCUAUAACCCGGUUCAGCCACGUCAGAAUGCCCAUGUGGACAUGCAGAGAUACUGGUGGCCGGGCUUUGAGAUACAGCUUCUGGCAGAGCUGCAGAGACAACAGAACAGCGCCCAAUUCUGUGAUACCCUGUUACAAACUGAGGGUAUUUCAGUUCCCACCCACAGUUGUAUCCUCUCAGCUCUCAGCCCUUACCUGUCUCAGAAGCUGUCCUCCUCCCCGUCCCCUCCGUCCGGCCAGAAACAUCAGCUCCAACUCACGGCCGUGAAGCCCCAGACCCUGCUGAAGCUGGUCGGUCUGCUGUACUCUGGGGAACUGGAGGUAAGAGGGGAUGUCGAGCAGAACGACGUGCUGGCGUUAGCCCGCCAGUUAGGGAUCAGAUACUUCGUAGAGGGACAUAAAGACGAUAGGGGAGAGAGGGCAGAAGUCUGGGAGAAGAGACUGGGUCUCGGAGGUUGCAGAGAGAUUGGCUUUCUUGCAGAAGAAAGCGGGAGAAGGGAUGAAAGCAGGAAAAUGCGAGACACACAAGUUCAUGCUGAGAUGGCUGAAAGGAGGGACACGGAUGCUCCAGCAGAAAAACAAAGUUGCAUAUCUACAGGAACACAUACGGUUGAAGCUGGUGAAAAGUUAGUGGGCAGUGCUAGUGAUCUCUGCAGACAAGCUACACAUCCAACCCCAGGGCCUGUGGCUCCGAAUUUGGAUUCCUCAGUCGUUUUGCAACUUCAAAGCAUUACUCUUGACAAACAAUUUCGCUCCACUCCCUGCCCAGUCAUUCCCGGCGUGCCCAGUGGCACACCAAGCGAUGGAAUAUCUCCAUUAAACCCGUCCUCUGGCAUUGUAAUAAAUCCCACGUCAACUCCAGCUUUGCCCUGCGACAUUUCUUCAAAUGAAAACUCAAACUCCCCAAGCCAUCAAGAGGACGGCGCCUACCAGCAGUCGCCUGUGUGUAGGGACAGCUCACAGGUUUUGGCCCAGGACGGGACAAACCUGCAAAAUGGAAAAAGAAAUGGCGAGAUGGCUGACGACAGAAGAGAAGCAGAGCAGCUAAGCCAGCUUAACGCUGGUGAGGUGCCAGGAGAAGAAGGAGCAAGGUCUAUAGACAAGAGGCAUGCACAUGCCGGUGUUGGGAUGAAGAGCCUGGCCAAGAUGAAACAGAUGCAGCAGAUGAUGGAGACCACACAGAUUUCUAUCAAGGUGAAGCUGAGGAGGAGGACUAAAGGAGAGGUUUGGGAGGUGGUGAACCUGCAAGGCACAGACGAGACCUUGUCGGUUCUUACUUCCCUGAAGCAGGAUGGCUCCAACCACAAAAGCCCGAAGACAGACCUUUCAAAGGUCCCGCCCCCUCCCUCCACUGUGCAGCCAGAGUCCUACGUUCUUCAACCUACCUCCGCCAACUCCCCCAAAUUCCCACCUCACCCCAACACCUCUUCUGACUCCCAGGCGCCCUCUCGCGACUGCUUCACCCCAAACCAAAACAAUGUACCUGGGGUGUCCCCGCUCCUCCAGUGUCAGGGCUCUGUAGAGGAGUCUGAUGAGCAGAUAGAGAAGCUGCUAGAGGACAUCAUGAUGGGCCUCAACAUCCUGCCCAACCUGGAGAGGGACUGCAAGAGGUCUCAUUACGUUCAGCCUAGCCGAGAGGGAGGACCGGCCAUCUGCCAGGUCCCAGUUACGCACAAAGACGCUGGUCACAGUCCAGGGCGCACUGUAGCAGGGUGUGUGCUUUACCAGGACUUGGGGACACCAAAUUGCUCAUCAACAAAUGCAGGUAUCCGCUGUUGUUUCACAGCUCCAAACCAGCCCAGCUGCUCAAGCCUUUCAUCUGUACUACCGGAUCCUGCUCUGAUCCAACAGCAGCAGGAGUGCUCCUCACAGUAUCAUUCAUCUGUCAGAUCCAUGUGGCAGAGAGAUGGAAUGGGCCAUCAGAGUACGCCCCUGUCCAAAAGUCAAGAAUGUGUACAUCCCAAAGCACCUACAGCAAGAUCAGUUGUACCCUCAGCGUUCUUCUCUGCUGGGCAGAAAAUCCAUUACCCAUUACCAGCAUUCCAGGAAUUGUCUUCACAAGCCAGUCGGCACAACCUUGAGUUUUUACCCCUGACUCAUGGGAAUGAAUCAAAGUCCAUGUCCCUGUCCUUCCCUUGCAUGACCGAUUUGCGGCUUCCUCGAUGUCUCUCUCCAUUAGAGCCACGUACCUCAUCAACAAAAUAUCUGUUUGCCCUCCACAACCCAAUGAACCUGGGUGAUAAAAUUCCGCAACAGCCAUCUCUACAUGGGCGACCCUGGCUCACAGAAAACCCUGGCUCACUACAGAGUACUAUCACACACCGAAAAAAUCAAAGUGCGUCCUUACCACAGGACACAAACUGUUGCAGUCCGUCAGAGCAAAGGCAGGAUCAUCUGGAGUUGAAGCCAGUCAAUGGGGGAACCUUGGUAGAAUCUUGUACUGUCAAAGAGGUGGAAGAGAGAGAAGCAGUAUUUGCUAAUCAGCAAAAUGCUCCAGAGCUGAAAUCUAAACCCAGGAAGAUAAAGGAUCGUGACACUACAGGGGAGGCAAUAGCACCUAAAAGGAAGAAGACAAAGCACUCGAGUCAUAAGCAAGAUGCUGCUGGUUCUCUCUUGGCAUACAAAGAUGUAAAAGUCAGUAAUGCAACAAAGAGUCAAAUCAACUUGAGCAUUUGUCAAGUCAGUUUGGCAAGCAACAAUGUGCUGGCGAAGGAAAGAGAAAUGGCCGCAAGCUCUUCAAAAACUCCAUCUAAAUUUGUAGGAAAACCAGAUGAACUGCUGUUAGUCACAGAAAGUAAGAGAGAGAAGAGCAGGCGGCCUGGGGAGAAUACUAACCAAACUCGGAUCAGAACCAGAGGUUUUUUGAAGAAGACUCAAGAGUCACUAAGUGACCUAAGCCAAAAAAUGUGUUUAGUUGCAAAACCUGUGGCCCCUAGAGCAGUAAAAAAACUAGGAGUCGUAGGACGGAAACGUGGAAGACCAUCAAAGAAAAAAAACCUUGAAGAGCUUACCCCUCUGAACAACAAGCCUGCUGUUGUUGAAAUGAAGAGCCACAAUCAAGAAAGUCAUCUGCAAAUGGACAAUUUGCCAAAGGAAGAUUUGGAAAAGGGGGACAAAACAAAGCAAAGGUGCCCAAAAAGGAGGAUGAAUAGAAGUACAGAAGUGGAGAUGGUUCCACUGAAGAAGACCAUAAAUGUUGAAAGAAAGCAUGACGAUGUAGACAUUAAUGGCCUAAGCCCCGACUUAAGAAAACUGUGGAUACCCAAACAGCCACGGACGGUCAUUCUGAAGGAGUUUCAAAAGCUUAUUAAAAAGCGACACUCAAAAACAAGGAAGUCAAAAGAAAGCCAUAAAACAGAUACAACUGAAAGAGCUGCAGAAAAGGAAGGGAUGGCUGGCAGGGAUUGCACUUUUGAAGGCUCAACUAAGGAGGUGGACACAGACGUUGCUCAGCAUCAAGACAGGAGCCGGAGUGAAGAAUCUCAGGUCACCUACAGUGUCACCGUCGAUAAAAAUCACAAUCAAAUCUUCAACGGAUCAGCCGACGACAAUAGGAAAUCCCAGCGAGAAGACACGGGAAGCUCUACCAGUAAGGAGAUCAGAUUGUUAGGUGGUGAGGACCAUCCAGUGUUUCUCUUUGAUGCCUUGGAAGAAGAGGUGGCCAAGUUGGAAGCUGAGAGGGAGCAGCCGCUGAAGAAUCAUGAUGGAAGAACCAGUGAUACAGGAGUUUCAAAAACAACACAGCAGGCCGCCAACCACAAUGAAGGCGUGUAUCACAGUGACCUGCCUCAGGACCAGCCAACAGAUCACAACUUGCAGCCACAGACACCUGGGAGAGCGGGUCCCCCUCUGUCAGUUGCUGGUGGGAUCAGCAGAACGUCAGGCUGCAAAGAGGAGGAGGACGAAGAGGAGGAGGAGGUGGAUAUUCUGUGUUUUUCUCCAGUCAAAGUGCAGACCACAGAGGAUGAACUUCACAAUGUGGAGAUAAUUCCGGAUGAAGAGGAGGAGGAAGAUGCGAAUGAGAUUGAUGUGACUGGAGAUGAAGCAGAGUAAUGUUUGGUGACAUGCACAGUUUCAUGUUCCUCUUUGUUGUGGUUUCAUUUAGGUUCACACUGAUGCAAAGUGUCUAUAUCAUAGAUUUUCACCUCCUCAGUUGUUUUCAUCCUCACAAGAGUUGGGAAUCAACAGUUUAUUGCAUUCAUUUAGUCCAGGAGACGAGGUUGAAAUGGUUGUUUGAUUUUGAUUCAUAAUAAUGUGCCAAAGCAUUUAUACAAGUCUGAGAAAAGUUCUUAAUGUUGUUUACAUUCAACGUUCGUAAAUGUAAAAAUUUUACAUAUUGAGUGAAAAAUUGACUCGGCAGACUAAUAAAGGUUAAAAGCUCUUAAGUGGCACAGCGCCUCUGUAAGUAACUACAGUAGCAUAAAAGCCUGUAUAGGUAAAGUGAAUUGUAUUUAUGUAAAUUACAUAAUUAUGGUUUAUUAAAAAAAUACC